AUUUAAACGUGUUGCCAGGAAAUCUGUUUCAGUGUGAUCUUACCUGAAGAAUAUGGAGCAUGGUCUUCUGUCUGAGAUUUGAAUAUUUUACUUGUUAUCUGAAGUAUUGAUGUCAGUGUGACAAUGGAGGGUUCAGUUCAAAUGCCUGCGCUGUCUCUGAAGAUAGUGGCAAUCAUAUUAAUGAUAAGUGGUCUGACAAAAGCACAAACAGCAGCUGCACUUACUACUGCAAGCCCUGGUUAUGACCCGUGCAGUAACUAUACAAUUCUGAACCAGCCCUGGAGAGCUACUAAUGAAUCAUGGAGUACUGCCUGUGAUCGAGACUUUGAGUGGAAUGGCUGGUAUCGUCUUCUCUAUUAUGGGAUGAACAUCCGCAUGCCAGAGGUCUGUAGUAGUGGAUGUUCCACUGGUAUUGCUCUCUGGCUAAAUGGCGCACAUCCUCAGAUACAGGAUGGAAUAGUCACCCGUCAGAUCUGUGGUAAUAACGGAGGAACCUGCUGCUAUAGUUACUACAGUACAACCUACAUUCGAGUCAAAGCGUGCCCAGGAAACUUUUAUGUCUAUGAAUUCAUCAAGCCAGUCUCCUGUGAUUCAGCCUACUGUGCAGAUAUCACCACACUAACUCCAGCCAACUUCUCAACAACUGGAGUCAUCACCACAGAAACCAAUAUAACUACAGACUCCAGGUUUGACCCAUGCUAUAACUAUACUGCCCUGGACAACUACUGGAGAAAUACACGCACAUCCUACAGAGGACAUGAUGACACCCUUGUAGAAUGGAAGGGCUGGUAUCGACUGUAUCUUCAAGGACAAAGUGCUCAAAUGUCUGAGUGGUGUGUGACUUAUACAACAUGUGGUGGUGUUAUUCCACUGCUGCUCAGAGGUUCACAUCCACAGACUGGAGAUGGAAUUGUGACUCGUGAAGUAACUGGAUCUCACUCGUACUACUCAUGCAAUUACUACAAAUCCAACUCAAUUCAAGUCAAGGCUUGCCCAGGAAAUUAUUACGUCUAUAAACUUGUUAAACCAGAUAUAUCGAUCCCUGUUCCUUCAUACUGUGCAGUUUCUUUUAGCAACUCCAGUGUAGAUCCCUGCUACAGCUAUACUGCCCUGAAUGAUACUUGGAGAAGCAGCACUGGCUCAACCACAACUUCACAGUGUGAUGCAUAUGUGAACUGGGUGGGCUGGUAUCGGCUUUUCUAUCAGGGACAAAGUGCCAAAAUGCCAGAAUCAUGUGUCAAUUUAUACAGGUGUGGCACCACCUUCCCACUUUGGCUCAAUGGCUCUCACCCAAAUCUGCAAGAUGGAGUGGUGAUAAGGCAGAUCUGUGGAAAUGAUGGCAGUGAUUGCUGCUAUUUCAAAUCCUUACCAAUUCAAGUAAAAGCUUGUCCAGGAAAUUACUAUGUGUACGAGUUUGUCAAGACAAGUUUCUGCAAUGCAGCCUAUUGUACAGAUACUAGCAACAUAACUGUCACCAACGCACCAACAACUACCCCACAGGAUACCAGCACCAUAACUGUGACCAACGCACCAACAACUACCCCACAGGCUACACUUACUACUGCAAGCCCUGGUUAUGACCCGUGCAGUAACUAUACAGUGCUGGAUCAGCCCUGGAGAGCUACUAACGCAUCAUGGAGUACUGCCUGUGAUCAAUACUUUGAGUGGAACGGCUGGUAUCGUCUUCUCUAUUAUGGGAUGAACAUCCGCAUGCCAGAGGUCUGUAGUAGUGGAUGUUCCACUGGUAUUCCUCUCUGGCUAAACGGCUCACAUCCCCAGAUACAGGAUGGAAUAGUCACCCGUCAGAUCUGUGGUACUAAUGGAGGAGUUUGCUGCUAUAGUUACUACAGUACAACCUACAUUCGAGUCAAAGCGUGCCCUGGAAACUUUUAUGUCUAUGAAUUCAUCAAGCCUGUAUACUGUAAUUCAGCCUACUGUGCAGAUAUCACCUCACUAACUCCAGCCAACUUCUCAACAACCGGAGUCAUCACCACAGAAACCAAUAUAACUACAGACUCCAGGUUUGACCCAUGCUAUAACUAUACUGUCCUGGACAACUACUGGAGAAAUACACGUAUAAACUACAGAGGACAUGAUGACACCCUUGUAGAAUGGAAGGGCUGGUAUCGACUGUAUCUUCAAGGACAAAGUGCUCAAAUGUCUGAAUGGUGUGUGAGUUAUAUGACAUGUGGUGGUGUUAUUCCACUGCUGCUCAGAGGUUCACAUCCACAGAUUGGAGAUGGAAUUGUGACUCGUGAAGUAACUGGAUAUCACUCGUACUACUCAUGCAAUUACUACAAAUCCAACCCAGUUCAAGUCAAGGCUUGCCCAGGAAAUUAUUACGUCUAUAAACUUGUUAAACCAGAUAUAUCGAUCCCUGUUCCUUCAUACUGUGCAGUUUCUUUUAGCAACUCCAGUGUAGACCCCUGCUACAGCUAUACUGCCCUGAAUGAUACUUGGAGAAGCAGCACUGGCUCAACCGCAACUUCACAGUGUGAUGCAUAUGUGAACUGGGUGGGCUGGUAUCGGCUUUUCUAUCAGGGACAAAGUGCCAAAAUGCCAGAAUCAUGUGUCAAUUUAUACAGGUGUGGCACCACCUUCCCACUUUGGCUCAGUGGCUCUCACCCAAAUCUGCAAGAUGGAGUGGUGGUCCGGCAAAUCUGUGGAAGCAGUGGCAGUGAUUGCUGCUAUUUCAAAUCCUUACCAAUUCAAGUAAAAGCUUGCCCAGGAAAUUACUAUGUGUACGAGUUUGUCAAGACAAGUUUCUGCAAUGCAGCCUAUUGUACAGAUACUAGCAACAUAACUGUCACCAACGCACCAACAACUACCCCACAGGAUACCAGCAUCAUAACUGUGACCAACGCACCAACAACUACCCCACAGGCUACACUUACUACUGCAAGCCCUGGUUAUGACCCGUGCAGUAACUAUACAGUGCUGGAUCAGCCCUGGAGAGCUACUAACGCAUCAUGGAGUACUGCCUGUGAUCGAGACUUUGAGUGGAACGGCUGGUAUCGUCUUCUCUAUUAUGGGAUGAACAUACGCAUGCCAGAGAGCUGUAGUAGUGGAUGUUCCACUGGUAUUGCUCUCUGGCUAAAUGGCGCACAUCCCCAGAUACAGGAUGGAAUAGUCACCCGUCAGAUCUGUGGUACUAAUGGAGGAGCCUGCUGCUAUAGUUACUACAGUACAACCUCCAUUCGAGUCAAAGCGUGCCCAGGAAACUUUUAUGUCUAUGAAUUCAUCAAGCCUCUGUAUUGUUAUUCAGCCUACUGUGCAGAUAUCUCCACACUAACUCCAAGCAACUUCUCAACAACUGGAGUCAUCACCACAGAGACCAAUACAACAACAGACUCCAGCUUUGACCCAUGCUAUAACUAUACUGUCCUGGACAACUACUGGAGAAAUACACGUAUAAACUACAGAGGACAUGAUGACACCCUUGUAGAAUGGAAGGGCUGGUAUCGACUGUAUCUUCAAGGAAAAAAUGCUCAAAUGUCUGAGUGGUGUGUGAGUUUUAUGUCAUGUGGUGGUGUUACUCCACUGCUGCUCAGAGGUUCACAUCCACGGAUUGGUGAUGGAAUUGUCACUCGUGAAGUAACUGGAACUCGCUGGCUCUCCACAUGCAAUUACUACAAAUCCAACUCUAUUCAAGUCAAGGCUUGCCCAGGAAAUUAUUACGUCUAUAAACUUGUUAAACCAGAUAUAUCGAUCCCUGUUCCUUCAUACUGUGCAGUUUCUUUUAGCAACUCCAGUGUAGAUCCCUGCUACAGCUAUACUGCCCUGAAUGAUACUUGGAGAAGCAGCUCUGACUACACCACAACUUCACACUGUGAUACCAGUGUAAACUGGGUGGGCUGGUAUCGGCUGUUCUAUCAGGGACAAAGUGCCAAGAUGCCAGAAUCAUGUGUCAGUUCAUACAGAUGUGGCACCCAGUACCCACUUUGGCUCAAUGGCUCUCACCCAAAUCUGCAAGAUGGAGUGGUGGUCCGGCAAACCUGUACAAGUUAUGGCAGUGAUUGCUGCUUUUACAAAGCCUUUCCAAUUCAAGUGAAAGCUUGUCCAGGAAAUUACUAUGUGUACGAGUUUGUCAAGACAAGUUUCUGCAAUGCAGCCUAUUGUACAGUUCCUUAUAGGUUAUUUCCCAUUCUACCUGGUACUGUUCAGCGUGCAGUUACUGUUGACGGAGGUUCUACGCUGAUCCAGCUGGACUAUCCAUUCUUCUACUUUGGAAAACCACACUCACAGUUAUAUCUCAGUAUGAAUGGUUUCCUGUCUUUUGAGCCCCUCUACCCUGUCAGCUAUGACCCGUCUCUGAACAAAGACAUCAUCGCUCCACUGUGGACUAAAAUCCACAUUUACACCAGAGGAAGCAUCUCCUACAGCCAAGCCACAAGUGGCCCUCUUGUAAAACUAGCUGCUGAUGAAAUUUCCCAAGGAUUACCCGGCAGUAAAGUCUUUGUUUCCUGGGUCUUUGUCAGCACCUGGGAGAAGGUGGAAUUUGAGCCUGAUGUGGGGGAGGUGACUUUCCAAGUAGUCUUGGUCUCUGACAGCGAAAACCGCUCUUAUGUCCUGAUGAACUAUGGAUCCAUCCCCCCUUCUCCACAAGUAUGGAUGGCUGGAUAUAAAGCAGAGAACAAUACCUAUAAUUUCACCAUUGAGGCACUCAAUACCUCUAGUCUGUCUUCUACUACUAACGUUGGAAUACCUGGUCGCUGGGCUUUCCGUGUUGAUGGUGCAGUCUCAGCUCCAUCUACGUUUUUCUUUCCCAUGCUACCUGGUGCUAUUCAACAUGCUGUUACUGCUGAUGGAGGUUCUAGACUGAUCCAGCUUGACUAUCCAUUCUUCUACUUUGGAAAACCACAUUCACAAAUAUAUCUCAGUAUGGAUGGUUUCCUGUCUUUUGAGUACCUCUACCCUGAUGGCUAUGACUCAACUCUGAACAAAGACAUCAUCGCUCCACUGUGGACUGACGUUGACUCUUACACCAGAGGAAACAUCUCUUAUGAGCAAGCCACAAAUGGGUCUUUGAUUGAGCUAGCUACAAAUGAAAUGAACAGCAUGUUCUCUGGGUUGAACUUUUCUGUUUCCUGGGUUUUUGUCGCCACUUGGGAGAAGAUGGAAUUUGAACCUGAUACAGGGGAGGUGACCUUCCAAGUCAUCCUGAUCUCUGAUAGCAAGAACCGCUCUUAUGUCCUGAUGAACUAUGGAUCCAUCCCUCCUGAUCCACUACCAUGGAUGGCUGGAUAUAAGACGGUGAACAACACAUAUUAUUUCAGCAUUCAAGCACCCAGUACCUCUAUUCUGUCUGCUACUACUAAUGUUGGAAUACUUGGUCGCUGGGCUUUCCGUGUUGACAGUGCAGUCUCAGUGUCACCACCACCAGCACUGUUCUAUCCAUUUGGCUCAGGAGCAGGAGACACUGUUAAUCCCCGCAGUGAUGAUGGAAGCUCACCUGCUGUAAACUUACAGAGUCCAUUCACUUUCUUCAGACGCACAUACACUAAGCUAUAUGUUAACAACAAUGGACACCUGACGUUUGAUCAGCCGUGGGACAGCUAUACACCCACUCAAUUCAGUGCUUAUAAUGGAAGAGAUAUCAUCGCUCCACUCUGGACUGAUAUUGAUAAUCGUGCAACCGGCAAUAUCUCAUAUAAUCAGUACACUAGUGGCAGUGUCCUUUCACAGGCCACACGGGACAUAAACCAGUACUUUCCAGAGUUUAUCUUCACUGCUUCCUACGUCUUUGUUGCAACAUGGGAUAAAGUGGCGUACUACAGCUACUCAGGCACGGAAACAUCCUUCCAAGUGGUUUUGAUUUCUGGUGGCAGUUUGUCCUUUGUGCUGAUAAAUUAUGGUGACAUUGCACCAACAAACUACAGAGUGGAGGCUGGAUAUGACACAAACUUCACAGACUACUUUGUAAUUCUGUGGUCAAAUGACAAAUCCACCAUUCCGAACCUCAAGUAUUUGAGUAAUGUGAACGUCCCAGGACGCUGGGCCUUCAUGCUAAACCAACCUAGUGAUGCCUUUCUUGCAGCUCGACUGAAAGUCCUGACAGGCUCUAACCUAACAGACUUCAAUAACCAGAAGAUCUUUCUACAGCAGCUUCAGGAUGAACUGAGGAGGAGAGGCGUUACAUCCACUAUAAAAGUGAAACGUGUUCAAAAGAAAAGUCCAUGAUUAGAAGAUCCAGAAGAAUCUCUGUGGGAUAAAUUCUCUAAUUAUAUUUAGCUAAUAAGUGAUAUGGUGGUGGUGUUUUGGUAGGUAACACCUGUAUGUAACUUUAAUAUUAAUGAAUUUGCUAAAGAAUUUUGAAACUUCCUUAAAUGUCAAAUUUAAAUACAUUAAACAUAAAUCUCUUUCGUCUAGGCAGAAAUGGUGCAGGGUUGUAGAAUUUUAGCCUGAGGUUUGUGAUCCUUUUAGUAGUUUUCAACAAAUAAUUUUUUUUUCAAUCUUAAUAAACUUAUUGGCUUCUGUG